AUGCCAAAGGAUUGGGCAAGCAUAAAAGAUGAGCUGGAGCAGCUCUAUGUCACGGAAGGGCAAACGUUGGAGCAGGUUAGGGAAACUUUGAUUUCGACUCGUGGAUUUAGUGCAAGUAUACGUAUGUACCGAAUGAUGCUUCGUGAAUGGGGAAUAAAAAAGUAUAAAUCGAACAACAAAUGCGGCAAUCAACAUCCUCGAGAUCCACGAUCAACUGCAUCUGUGGAGCCGGAAGACGCUGAAGAUCUUCUGAAAGAUGCCGAUCUAUUACUUCUGUUUAACGAUAAUCACUCUCACCCGCACAGCUUUAUGGACUUACUCAUGAAUGAAUCUCCUACUCAAUCUUUCACUACGAACAACACUGCACAUAGCACUAAUAUAUCAUCCUCGCCCAAUUCUCAUUCCUCCCUCGAAAAACCUCACUUCGGCUGUGACGAGCCUUCGUUGCCCGUAAGCGCCGUGAGGGGUCGAGAUCCAGCAACAACAAUCCCUUCACAGCCUAUGAGACUUUCAGAGCUACUACCUUUGAUCCGUAAUCUAUACCUUGCUGAAUAUGCUUUCGAACCUCUAUUGCGAAAUUGGCAAUCCGAUGGAGAAUAUAUGGCCUGCGCUAUUUUAUGGUUGAAUGAUCCCGUCCAUUGCAAAUACAUACUCGCCUCUUCUCCCACUGGAGGUAAUCAUUUCAAGCUGAUCGACGAAAACGUCCCUUUUCCCGAGCGCAUCACCUUGACCAAGGCGUUCCUCAAAGCUUCAAUUGCGCAUAACGUUUCGCCGUCACAAAGUAUAAGGAGUGUCGUCUGGGGCUACACUAGAUACGUUGAUCAAUGGCAAAUUGUGAAAGACAACCUCCUGGAUGCCUCAUCUGGAUUUAUUGCGGAACCUGGCACGGUUUUCCAUUUGUGUGCUCUUGCUGUUAUGGGCGAAGAACUACUUAAUGGCUACAAAAACCGCCUGGAAGUAAUCCGCAUGCAUGCGCAACCACUCCCAGUCUCUAGAAUUGAGGAUGGCAAACGUUUACGUCAACAGUACAUUAGUAUUCUAAAAGAUUUUCGCCAUCAAGAAGUCGAUGUUGAUAUAUCCUUUUAUAAAUACUCGUUAGAAAUUCUGGAAUGGAAUGAGAUUCUGGCAGCGCAAGAAAGGAGUAAGGUUGAUCGAUUGCUAGGAAAAUAUAGAAGGCUUGUGGGUUUAUGGACAGGGAAUCCGCCAACCUGGAUUGAUGGUGGUGUCGACAUGAUGAUAGAAACUGCUGAGCGGAGAUGUCUAUCUGAAAACUCUAUGUCGUCGCCUGGACCAUCUCUUGCUCCGGAAAUGAUUUAUUUUUCUAUAGUAGAAGAUAAAACAAGAUGA